AUUGAAGACUUGAUGGAAAUAGUGAAAAAACUGCAGAAAGCAGGAAGUCUUGAGCCCCGGAUUGAGUUCCUGAUUAACCGGAUUAAUGAUGUUCAGCGAGCAAAAAAGAAAGCCUUUGAGGAGCUGGGAGAAGCCCAGAAUGUCUGGGAUACUCUGCGAAAGGAACUGGACUCAUUGCAUGAAGAGAAAGUACAUCUGAAGGAGAUCUUGAACAAAAAGCAAGAGACUCUGAGGAUACUUCAGCUGCAUUGUCAGGAGAAGGAGAGUGAGGCGCAGAGGAAGCAGACUUUGUUACAGGAGUGCAAGGAGAGGAUUUCUUCGCUGAACUUACAGAUAGAGGAAGAGAAGAGCAAACAGAGACAACUGAGGGUGAAUUUUGAGGAACAGCUGGAGGCUCUGACAGAGCAGCACAAGGAUCUUUGGGAGUUUCAUAGGCCAGAGCAGCUGACGAGGGAGAUUUGUGCCUUGGACAGCAACAAGGAACAACUACUUAAGGAAGAGAAGCUGGUUGAGGGGAAGCUGGAGGAGGUGAACCAUCAGCUCAGCUCCCUGUGUGUGUCAGAAGGGCCCUCCACCCUCACCGAGGGACUCUUCCUCCGUAGCCCAGAGGCAGCAGCAGCAGUGCAGCUGUUCAAGGAGGAGAACAGGAAAGCUGAGGAGCUCUUGGAGGCUGCGGUCCAGCACCAUCAGCAACUGAAGCAGAGGUGCCAGCAGCUGCAGGAGAAGCGGCAGAGGCUGAAAGAUGAACUGGAAAAGUAUGGGGUGCAAGCCCAGAACACACAAGAGGAAGGGGCUGGUCCACAAGGUGCGGCCAGUUCCAAGGUCCUACCUGUCUUUAAGGAGAAUGAUCUAGAGCUGCCCAUCAAAGAAGGCCUGAUGCCAUCCUAGGCCAAGAGGACACACAUUACUCCAACCUCAUCUCAUGAUGCUUCAGGAAUUAAAGACAUUAUUUUGA